CGCGGCAGGAGUUUGACGAGGACGGUGCGUGAGCUCGGGGACCCUCUGGAGUUGGGGGUUCUAUUUAUUAAUGCUGAACAACUCUCGAAAUGGCAGAGGCAGAUUGGGAACUAAGUAAGGAGAAUGUUCAGCCUUUGAAGCAAGGCCGAGAUGUGGGUACACUUAAGGAUGUGCUUGCACAACAUGAAGGCCCAUGUCAGAUCAGUAUCCAGGAACAGAAACAAGCCUUUGAGGCAGAAAUCCGUUUUUAUUCUGGUAAUGACCCCCUGGAUGUUUGGGAUAGGUAUAUUAAGUGGACAGAACAGGUGUUUCCCCAUGGUGGAACAGAUAGCAAUCUCUCAGCACUGUUGGAGAGAAGCUUGGAACUUUUCCUAAGGAAUGAUCAAUACUACAGUGAUCUACGGUACCUUGGUCAUUGGUUAAAGUUUGUUGACUAUUGUACUGAUCCAUUAGAAGUCUUUGACUUCCUGAAGAGCAAAGGAAUUGGUGUAUCACAUGCUGCUCUUUACAUUGCCUGGGCUGAACGAUAUGAGCUUCUGGGGAAUAAUAAAAAGGCAGAGGCCGUCUUGCAAGAAGGGAUUUGGCUCAAAGCUGAACCUCUUGAAAAACUGCAACAUUAUCACAGAUACUUCCAAUCACGGAUAUGUAAGCAAGUAGUUACCUCAAUAAAUGAAGGAACUUAUGAGGAAUUGGUUCCUGAGCCAAUUCAACCACAAAGGACCACUCUCGGAGAUCUUAAACUCAGUGGGCGAAAGAAGGCCUUGGCACCAGUCAACAGGAUUGGAGGUUCUGUGAGACCACAAAGCCAAGGACUUGGACAGCAUGUAGUUUCCACUCGAGAGCAGCAGAGCACUUUUACUGUGUUCAAUGAAAAUCAGUUGUGUAACCAACCUACAGACCAACUGAGGUUAGCAGAGAGACAAUGGUCCACCCUUCCUUCAACUUCUGCUAAGGAGAAUGAAAUCAAGCCAGGACGCUGGAAUACUACACGGAUGCCCAGAAGUUCCAACAUGCAUUCGGUUCCUUUUUCUUCAGCCUCAUCAGCCAGCAAACCUGACUUUAAGCUUUAUGAGGAGGAAACUGCUCAUGUAGAAAACGUAACUCCUCGUAAGAUUGAACCCUUGUUCACUCCAGUGUUGAGUGCCCGGAAACCCAGCAAAGAAACAAAUCCAUUGGCCAGAGUGCAGUUACAAAACUGCAAAGAAGAAGAAACGGUGGUUUCCAUGUAUUCAAAAGACCGGGUCUAUGCAGGACUGCGUGAGUUCUCUUUCGAAGAACUUCGAGCAGAGGAAUUCAAAGCAAAAUAUAAAGCAAUUUGUAAAGAACAGGAGCAAAAGUUGUUGAAAUUAAAAAAGGAAAAGGAGGAGAUGGAGCAUUUAAUCCACAUGACAGAAAUGAGAAUGAAAGAACAGCAAGAACGUCUCCAACAGAACAAAUCGGAUCUUCAAACCCAGGUACCAAGAAAUAUGUGUACAUUGGCUGCACAACCCCAGGCCUCCUCCACAGAUAAAAAUGUUUUAUCUGAAAUUUCCUACUCUGCAAGUCUCCAUCCUAACUUUCAGAACCAAGCCAUUGAUAACACAGCAAAUUCGGGGCCUGUUGCCUGGGAAUUUAAUGCACAGUCCAGCAUAUCAGAAAGAAACACUGAGGAUUCUUGCAAAGAUGGAUUAAAUCAAGAUGAAAUGAGACAGAAAACUCUGAAUCUUUCAAAUUACACAGAUGCUUGCCUGGAAGGUGCUCAAUCAAAUGUUUCGGUGGAGGUACUUGGUUCAUCAGCAAAUCACAGCUUACAGCAUGUACAGCCAUUUGCAGCUGUCACUACCAGAGAGGCUUUGGAUGUCAUUACCGAUGUAUUCCAUGCACCAAUUACUUGCUCACAAGAGAAUGGAAAUCUGUUUGAGACUCUGAGUGCUGGGCCUAGUGUUUGUGAUAAAGAUAACCUGGCAUAUGAAGCUCAGUUCAUGAAAAAUGCUGACGAAAACGCUCCAAGUUUUGUUCCAAAUCAGAUGCCUUCAAUUUUCUUUGGGUUGCCACCUACACCAGUACCUUUCACGAUAUUUGAUGAGAAUGCAGAUGUUGAAGACCAGGAAAACAAACCACCUGCAGACUACUUGAAAAAGAGACCUCACUGGCCUCUUUCUGGAAUCCUUGUACCUUCCAAGCACGUCCUAACUGAGGGGACCUGUGGUGCUGAAUGUGAUGAUUUGGAUGGCAUUGAACCUAUUAAUGAUGAUCACUUUGAGAAUAAUGACUAUCCAAACAAAACAUUUGGUCCAUUUCCUGAAAAUACAUGUGACUUCUCCAGAGGAGCACAUUUGGUCUCUACCCCUUUUCACCAAAACCCUCUGAAUGAUGACCAAGACAAGUUAAUCAAAUGGAUCCCCGCUGAAGCUACUAAAAAUGCUCUAAGUUCAUUGACACCCCUCAAAGAGUCCAUGUAUGACCAACCUCUGCAUAUGAAGAAACUGAGUCCAAUUCAAGAAGCCAGUGAAGAAGGUAUGUCAUCUGCAGCCACUACAUCUUCCGCAGGCUCCUCCGCUUCAGUGGGUGCACUUUGUGCUAUCAGUGACUUGAAUGUCUUUGAAAAAUCUGAGCCUGACCAGUUAAAUUCCUCUGUCUUCAGUGCCAAUUCUAUCUUGGGUAAUCCAUGGGAUAUAGAAAUGCGGAAUCAACUUUUGUUGGCCCUUCCCAUACCACUGAGUUCACUCCAGGAGUUCUACGCUCAGAAUGGCCCAGUGCCUACCUUUGAAGUUGGACAUGAGGUGAAGCUGGGCUCACAGAUUAUUAACAUUGAGGAAGAAGCAGAGCAUGAAUUGUGCCAGAUAUUCUAUGGAAUGGAUCAGAGCUUGGCUUUAUCUAAAGCAAUUAUAAAGGUAUUUUCGCAUAAAGUGCCCUGGGACUUCUACAUCAAUCAGCAGCUCAAAAUACGCCUUGGCUCUCAGUUUAAUAAGUAUUUCAGUCAGAAACACUGCUGCUACCAGUUUGACAAUGGAUGUGUGACUAUGGAUCAGGAGGAGAACAGUGAAACAUUAAAGAACCUGUGUCGAAUUUGGCAGUCUGUACCAGAACCACUUGUUAUAUUUCUUGCACUUGACCUGCUGGCCUUGGUGGAACUCAUGCACUCUGCUGAAAUUGUUCAUGGAGGCAUAGCACCUGAAACACUCAUCCUGAGCCUCAAGUUCUUUAACAGUGCUUCCACAUGUCUUGAUGGUGACAGUUUAGUGAAGCUCGUGAACUUCACACACAGCUUGGAUUUAAGGCUGCAGGCUAAUGUUGCCACAUUUACAGGUUUUCCAACAGUUCAUUCAUUACCUAAUAGAGACCUCUCUUUGGAAUGUACUAGUGCCUACCAGGUUGAUCAUUUUGGGAUUGCAGACACAAUACAUUUUCUGCUUUUUGGAAGACAUCUAGAUAUUUGUAAGGAGGAUUCAAUAUGGAUUCUCAGCCCCACAUCUUGCAGAAUGGGCUCACUGUACAUGGAGUUAUGGAAGAGUUUCUUUGAAAAGAUUCUAAAUGCAGGUGAUGCACCUUCUGUCUCUACACUAAGUGAUUUGCAACAAACAGUGAGAGAAGCCAUUGAACCUGAUUACAGAAUCCUGUGGAAUGAUGCAUUCAUGGCAAACCUGACAGCUACAUAAAGAACACGAAUAUUUUUAAGAGCACAAAUUCAGAGCCUGGUUUUUAUAUUUUGUAAUUGAAUUAAAGUCACAUAUAAAUAGAUUUUCUGCAUUGUUUCCAUUGAAAUUUACUUUUCAUAUUAAAAAUGUUUUUCCUGUG